CAGGGGCUCCGCUUUCCUCCGCCGUCCGCCACCGUCUCCGAGCGCAAGUGGUAAUCGCAUAUGCCCUCGGGAUUCGCCUUAAUUACGGGCACAACCAUCCUGGUUAAUGGUAGCUUCCGGUGAUCGGGAAUCUGAGAGCCCAAGCUCCGCCGUAGCUCUCGGUUUCCCUCGCCCGAGGUUCUUCCGCUACCGCCGAUUGAGGUGAACCGGCGCCGGGGAGGAGAACCCCUCGCCCCCGCUCUUGGCCUUGAUCGAUCUCGUCCUUUUUUUCCGAGCCGCGAGAAGCGAUGCCGAGCUCGAAGGCUCACCGGAGAGGCCACGAGGAGAGGAGCCGGAAGGGGAAGCCGCUGCCGCCGCCGCCGCUGCUGCUGCUGUCGCAGAAGGCGUCGUCGUUCCACGGGAGGAGCCCCGCGGCGAUGGAGGCGGCGAAGCCGCUCCCGAGGCCGAGGACGGUGCCGGAGCUGCCCGCGAGGAAGGGCCUCGCCGCCCAGGCGUCCGCGUCGGCCGCGUCGGCGGCGGGCGCCGAUGAGAAGCCGCGCCUGACGAAGCUGCUCCUGAACGUGACGUUGCAGGGAAGCGUCGGCCCCGUGCACGUGGUGACGACGCCGGAGUCGACGGUCGGGGAUCUGAUCGCGGCGGCUCUCCGGCAGUACCUGAAGGAAGGGCGCCGGCCAAUAUCGCCAACCGCCGAUCCUUCCGGCUUCGACCUCCAUUACUCUCAAUUUAGCUUGGAGAGUUUGGACAGAGAGGAGAAACUGAUGGCGUUGGGGUCGAGGAACUUCUUCCUCUGCGCGAAGAGGCCCCCCCCGAGGGACGGCGUCGCCGCCGCCGGAAGUGGCGGCUCGUCGCCGGCUUCGUGCGGGAAGGAAGCGGAGAAGGUGUCGAGGAACGGAUUCAAUUGGCUGAAGUUCAUGGAUUUCAAGCUGUGAAGUGAAUAUCCCUAUCGUGAACGUCAGCUCCCUAUAAUAAUUUUUUUUUUUUAUUAUCAUAUAUCAAUUGCUAGGACUCGUGCAAAAAAAAUAAGAGUCUUGAAUUGGUAAUUUGUUGGUUAGUUCUCUAUGGGGGAUCGAUUUCUUUUUCUAAUUUUCCAGAUGAAAUUUAGGGUGCAAACUGCAAAUUAUUCUCUCUAGUGCAAAGUAAUCUUUGGACUUUGGA